AUGGUGUCGUUGCAGUCGCAGUCUGCCUUGAAAGGCACGAAGCUCGGGACCAUAGUGAAUCCAUCGCGUCCCGAUGCGGCGCAGAUCACCGGCGGCGUGGGCGGCAACAGCGACGCAGCCUGCUGCGCGAAGAGCUGUGCGCUCUUCACUUGCGUGCACCAGUUUCAGCCCGUGGAGGGUGCCCCAGCCAUCAUUGGAGACACGGCAGACAUCUGCUGCCGCCGCGCGAGCGAGGGAAUGGCUGGUGGCGAAGCCGGUGAAUCCGGUGUGGCUUCCGAGGAGCACUUCGAGGAGGAGGAACCCCAAGUCUCGGCUGAACACUUCGAAGAGUGA